GGACAAGAAAAAAAUUGACUGCAACGGGCGAUUAAGAAAAACGACAUCAACACACCAUCAUGUCGUCAUUCUUUGCCGUCCCUGGCGCUCAGAAAAAGCGAAAGAGAGAUACCGCAGCCCCAUCAACAACCCCUCAGAAAAGGGUCGCUGCUGGCAAGCUUAACGGCCGCGCAGCAGGCAAGCCCGGAACAUCCAAGAAACCUGUCGAGGAUGACGACGAAUCGAUUUCUGGUAGCGAUUCGGACGAUGACUUGAGCAUGGGUGACGCUGGUGAUGCCGAUGAUCGCUCCGAGGGCAGUAGCUCUGGAGAUGAAGAGGAAGAAACCGCUGCAGAACGAAGACUUCGACUUGCGGAACGAUAUCUCGAGAAUGUCAAGGAGCACGUGGACGAAGCUGGAUUCGAUGCUGCCGAUAUCGACAGAGAUAUGAUUGCCGAGCGUCUUCAAGAAGAUGUUGCCGAGUCUAAAGGUCGAGUUUAUCGCCAAUUGGCUCCCGAGCUGGCCCUGUCCAAAGCUUCGCAAACAUUCUUCCGAACCAAUACCAACGCAGUCACCUCUGUAUCCGCAUGCGCCCCCUACUUCUACACUACCUCAAAAGAUAUUUUCCUACACAAAUGGAAAACUCAGGAUCUUCCGAAAGACCAAUUCCCCCAGACGACUCGCAGAAAAUCGAAGAAAGCCCCCGCGCCACCUAAAAAGAAGCCCGAGCUCGAACAAUGGAUCAAGGGCAACUCAGCAAAGUCGAAAGAGAAAUACUACAAAAGACAUACUGGCCGUAUUCUAGCGGUAGCAGCCUCGCCUGAUGGCAAAUACGUUGUCACUGGCGGCGAGGAUAAGAAGAUUAUUACAUACGAUGCGGAAACGCUCAAGCCUAUCAAGGUACUAACACACCACCGUGAUGCUGUUACCGGUUUGGCCUUUCGAAGAGGCACCAAUCAGCUCUAUUCGUGCUCCAAGGACCGAACGGUUAAAGUCUGGAGCUUGGACGAGAUGGCUUACGUGGAAACUCUGUUUGGUCACCAGGAUGAGAUUGUCGACAUUGAUGCCCUCGCGCAAGAGCGAUGUGUGAGUGUCGGUGCUCGUGAUCGCACUGCCCGUUUAUGGAAGGUUAUCGAGGAAACACAGCUUGUCUUCCGUGGCGGUGCUGGAGAUAAAAAAAAUCGUCCUGGUGUCGAUCCACGAUCGUUGCUCCGCGAGGGAAGCAUGGACCGCAUUGCCAUGAUCGACGAGGACCUCUUUGUUACAGGAAGCGACAACGGAUCGAUAUCCUUGUGGAGCGCUCAGAAGAAGAAGCCCGUGUAUAUCGAACAUCUCGCACAUGGUAUUGACGAGCCCUUGGACCCUCAUUCUGCAUCUGCCGAGCAAAACCCCUCCGAUUCCGCUGUACCAGCCCCAACCCCGCGCUGGAUCACAGCGCUCAAAACAAUACCCUACUCGGACAUCAUCCUUAGUGGCAGCUGGGAUGGCCACGUGCGAGUCUGGCAACUCUCGGAAGACAAGCCAGCACCAAGCCAAUUUCUGGAGUUAUUAACGACAUUGCUGUAUUUGAACGCGGCGAACGUGGAAAGGAUGGUAUUUGCGUUAUUGCCGCAAUGGCCAAAGAGCACCGUUUUGGCCGCUGGAAGGUUGGCAAUGGCGUUCGCAAUGGAGGUGUUAUUUUUGAAGUUCCGCGCUUGGAUAAACGCGCACAAAAUGGUGUUCAUACAAAGGAGGAGGACGACGAGGCUGACGAGUAGGGCAUCUGGUAUCAUAAUUUUGUACAUAUAUCACAAUGACGCACAUGUCGUGACCAUACCCAUUAGCAUUGGCGUUCAAAAGACAAUUUUGUUUCAAAGACUGAAUAUCCGUAACGCUUUCAACUAGAGACUAUUACUAUCGGGUCUCGAAAUUCUCCCAUUUCUAUUCUAAUCUAACCCCGACUCGGGCAAAAUCUUGUGAUGUAGUGGGAGCAUACCAUCACAGCAAGAGUCGAUGGCAGUUGUGACAGGAUUAUAUAGAGCAAAUAUGGGUGUAGCUUGACAGACGAAGUUUAAAUUGGCAGAAAGAAAUAAAACAGAAUUUCUUUGUAUAGAUUAAACCUCACGGGUAUCAGCUACCUUGCUCCUGCCGAUAUACAUAUAAUGUAUCAAAAUAAACAAAGCACCGUAAGGCACGUUGGCCGUAUAAUGCCGCUAAAUGAACAAUGAAAUACAAAACCAAUCUGACGUACAGUUGAAGAAUUCAAAAGGCAGGUAGCUGCAUCCCAUGUCAAAAUACGAAACAGAGUUGAUAUGUUACCAUCCAUUCAUAGAAUCAGAGAAUGUAAUCAUUAUUCGUAAAGGUUGGUGGGCUGUCGGCUUCAUUGUCGCCGGCGCACUUGCUUUUCCGCCAAAUAUACAUGCCUGCGGCUCGCUUUCGUGUCGAUACUCUCCACUUUUCGAUCGUGGUGAGGUCUCAGUGGCCAUGAGAGGCGUUUCGCACUCGAAUCAGUGGUAGACUUUGGUCUUUUAACAGUCGAGUGAUAUUUCAUGCUAGGCUCCUCGUCAGAUUCAAUUCUCGCCUUUCGCUUUUCUCCAACAAGCCCAGGUGUAGGAGAGCUUGCAAGCUGUUUUAUCAGUGGGUAUUGCGAGCGCGAUGCUUCAGAAGCACGGGCCCCCAUAGUGUUGUCCUCUUUGGUGGGAGAGCUGCGCGCCGAGUAGAACUUUUCAUCAGCCAACUGCUCAUCAUCAAGUCGAGCCGCGAAGCGGUAGGCUUCUGCCGAUGCAGGCCUCUUUUCAAGUACAUCGGUCUCUAUAGCCUUCAGAGUUUGAGGUACAGGUGACGAAAUUGCCGCUGCUCUAGCUGCCUUUCGUGCUAGCUUUGCCUGCCGUUCCUGAUCAUCCUGUUCUUCGUGUAGUUUGAAUAUGAGAUCACGCAGAUCCGCUCGUAGUUUUGACGGAUUAAUCGACCACUCAACGCUCUCCCGGUUGCUCAUCUUUUCGAAGGCAUACUCUGGGUCCUGGAGAAAAAGCUCCAUAUAGGCAAUCAAGAAGAUUCCACAAUCACAAUAAUUAUCUUGCUGUGGCAGGCCAUACUUGGCCGUCAAGCCAAUCGCCGAUGUACCAACAAUUCCCUUCUUAUCUUUAGCUUCAUCCACAAGGUAUGACUUGAGUACCCUAAUUGUCGUGGGGUGAUUAUUACCCAGGGAAUCUAGCGUAAUGAUCCUUGGCGCCUUGAUCGCUCUCUUAUCAAUUCCGUGUUCUGAUUUAAACUGGCCAUGUUUGGACGCUGGUGACAGAUCCUGGCCAGGGCGCUGUCUUGUUUGCCGCUGUACAUUGUGGUCAUCGAUAUUAAUUCCUGAUAUGUCUUUUUCAACUUCUGCUAGCGGAGACCGAGGAGUCAAUUCGUCGCCUCGGCUCAUAUCACCAUCGUCAAGGUUGUUGGCGGGAAGUGUGUGGCCAGGAUUUGCAAUUAUAACCAAGUACCAAUGCAUGUAUUCGUUGACUGGUAGAAAGACAUAAUCGAAAUCGAAAAGAUCAAUUUUGGAAGUCCAAGAUCGAACACCAUCGAAGGCAGAGGAACCAUUUGUGGGUUUCUGGCGUAGCUUAUCAUAGAAGAAGGAAUUGAAAAAGUGAACUUUUCGAGCUAGUUCAGGUUGGAACUCCUUUAAUCGCUCCUGGAAAUAACGAAAAUAAAACGUUAUGAGGUUGUCGUUGAGAUACUCGCCUUCGUCUAACCGUGCGAUAUCCUCUAGAUCAACAGUUGCCCUGUUCUUUCCAACCAUUGGAUAAGUCAGGGGGGUGGACCAAAGCUCCCUCCAACCAGGAUUUAGUUCCGUCCAUGUCUCUAAUGGUUUUUCCCGGCGAGGUGCUGGAGAGGAUUUGGUAGAGCUUCUUGUUUCCCGUAUAUUGCGUGUUUCCGGCCAGUCGGUAACACGUGAAUCAGUAAUUGAUUUUCCAAGUUCAGGUGCUCCCGGCUGGUUGUUGAGCUUUGAAGACGUCUUUUUAAUCGAAACAGGUAUACUGCUAUGGCUUUUAGAGGAGGCAGUAGCAUCUGGUUUUGGAGGCUUUGUAACAGUGAUCUGAACCGUCACAAUCUGCUUCUUCCCUGAUUCCCCAUGUUGCGGUAACUCUUUGUCAAGUUGCGUGGAUUUGGUGGCUUUUUGUCGGUAAAUGUCGGUAGUCCUCCAUGCUUCCUCCAUCGUCUUCUUAAGACGGG